AAAAAAACUGCCUGUUGUCUGCUUGGGACAUAAGCGAAUAAGGAAGUAAGUGGAUGUUAAACCUCUCGCUUCCCGUAGAUCGUUUAGCUAGCUUGCUACAUCCAUGGGAAGCUAGCUUAGGGUUCUGAUCUUCUUGGUGAGUUUGUAAGUUCUAAGAAAAUGUGACACCCCUUCUACACAUCUCAGGCAUAGCUGGCUGGCGAGCUGUAUUGAAAAUGUCGAUAUCUAGCCUCUGUGCUACACGUAGGGUUUCACUGACAAUCAUUCGGCCUUCGUUUAGCUUCUUAACAAAUGGACACUCAAUACCAUACGGUGUAAACUUCAUCAGAAGAACACCUAGCUGCUCGCAGAGCCGCAUCACAAAUGUAACACGUCUGUUCAGCUCUCGACCACAUAAUCCUAAGGUACCAGAGGUUCCAACAUGGAAACCAGUAGCAGAGGACCAACUUCCCACGCCUGCCCACAUCCCCGCUGACCUGGUGGACAAACUGGAGCGUCUGGCCUUGGUUGAUUUCCGUACCAAACAGGGACUGGCCUGUUUGGAGAAAGCUAUACGAUUUGCAGAUCAGCUUCAUGUUGUUGACACGUCAGGGGUUGACCCAAUGGACUCAGUUCUGGAGGACAGGGCAUUAUACCUGAGGGAUGACACUGUGAUGGAAGGGGACUGUGCUGAAGAGCUGCUCCAACUCUCCAAAAACACAGUUGAGGAAUACUUUGUGGCACCGCCAGGAAACAUUCCUUUACCAAAGAGGGAGGAGAGGGCUGCCAUGCUGAAACACUCCGAGUUCUGAUGUUUAUCAAUUUGUCCUUGAUAUCUAUAACUUUUUUUUAUUUGGAGGCUAGAUGUGCUUUUGAGGAAGUAUACAUCACAUCUGUUGCACAAGUCACUCCACUGCUUAUCUUCAGUGACAAACAAGUGUCAAAAGGCGUUGUCAGGUGUUCAGUAGGUUUACUGUUCUGGGAUGGGGAAAUACAAAUCUGCAGGUCAUUUAUGAAGUCUUUUUCAGUUUCCUUUAACAAAUGUGGCUAAAUGUCUGUUUUUGGUUUCAGUAUCAUUUUAUCAGUGUUGUUGCAGGCAAUUUAUGUGAGGACAUGCAGUGCAAUGGCAGCACAUAAGUUUUGUUUUUAUUUGUGAUGUACAUUGCUGUCAAGAUGUCCAGUUUCUAGUGUUUGAAUUCAAUAGAGAAAUAAGUAUUUUCCUGUUUUUGUAACAUGUGGUUUUAUGAAAGUAUAAACAGAUCAAAAUAAACAGAUGUGUUUGUCAGCCAUAAUUAUUCUAAAGAAAUUGUUUAACUUUUAGAUCAAGGCAAUCCUGGUUUGACCACAGUCAUCUAAAGUUUACUUGUAAUUCACACGACCUGUUUGUUAAACUUUGGUUACUACAAGUGGUACUUUCAUAAACAAGUUAAUAGAGUUCAAAACAUUGGCAGA